GGAGCGCACGCUGGGAAGAUGGCGCUAUGUCUACUGAGGAGGGCGGCCCGCGGAGCGGCGGCGGCGCUGCUGAGGCUGAAAGGGUCUCUGGCAGCUGAUGUUUCCAGGCUUGGAUAUAGUUCCUCAUCCAAUCACAAGUAUAUUCCCCGGAGGGCAGUGCUCUAUGUACCUGGAAAUGACGAAAAGAAAAUAAAGAAGAUUCCAUCCCUGAAUGUAGAUUGUGCAGUGCUCGACUGUGAGGAUGGUGUGGCUGUCAACAAAAAGACUGAAGCUCGAUUGAGAAUAGUAGAAACUCUUGAAGACUUUGAUCUCGGCCCAACUGAAAAGUGUGUGAGAAUCAACUCGGUGUCAAGUGGUCUUGCCCAAGAAGACCUGGAGACACUAUUGCAAUCCCCAGUCCUUCCUUCCAGCCUGAUGCUACCAAAGGUGGAAAGUUCUGAAGAAAUCCGGUGGUUUUCAGACAAAUUUUCAUUCCACUUAAAAGGCCGAAAACUUGACCAACCAAUGAAUUUAAUCCCUUUUGUGGAAUCUGCAAUGGGUUUGCUCAAUUUUAAGGCAGUCUGUGAAGAAACCCUGAAGAUCGGGCCACAAGUGGGCCUUUCUCUAGAUGCAGUUGUUUUUGGAGGAGAGGAUUUUCGAGCCAGCAUAGGUGCAACAAGUAGCAAAGAAACCCAGGAUAUUCUCUAUGCGCGACAAAAGAUUAUUGUCGUAGCAAAGGCCUUUGGUCUACAAGCCAUAGAUCUCGUGUACAUUGACUUCCGAGAUGGAGAGGGGCUUCUCAGGCAGUCAAGAGAAGGCGCUGCCAUGGGCUUCACGGGUAAGCAGGUGAUCCACCCUAACCAAAUUGCAGUGGUCCAGGAGCAGUUUUCUCCUUCUCCUGAAAAAAUUAAGUGGGCCGAAGAACUGAUUGCUGCCUUUAAAGAACAUCAACAAUUAGGAAAGGGAGCCUUUACUUUCCAAGGGAGUAUGAUCGACAUGCCAUUACUGAAGCAGGCCCAGAACAUUGUUACGCUUGCCACAGCCAUCAAGGAAAAAUGAUCUGUUAAAUGAAGCUCUCAUCAGGUGGGCUGAACGUAUACAGUGGGUUUCUUAAAGACAAACCACAAGACUCAAGGCAACUUGUUAGUAUGCCAGAUUGGAAUCUUAUUCUCCUUACAGUUCAUGUUAAUCACAAUUUUUCUUCUACUGGCCAGUUAUUCCUUUAAGAAUGAACUUUCUUUCUUGUUGCUCCAAACAUGUAAUUUUAUUUUUGUAUAUUAAUGUAUUACAAAUAUGGAUUUAUGAUUUCACAGGGAGAAAAAAUAAUGGGGAAAGAUGGGCUGUGAGGGGAAGUUAGGUCUUGACCGAAACAAGUCUUUCCCCAAUACAUAUAUUACCUUUGCCCUUCUCUCGUUAGUAAAUAUUUCCCACAUUGGUCAUUUGUUCAGAUGACACCAUAAACAAUUUUAAGAAAGGACAGGCCUUUAAAAAUAAUAAAUAAUGAAGGGGUCAUGUCUUUUUCACCAGUAAUCUGAUAAAACAACAGAGAUGACACAGAAAAAGUAGAUUACAUAUUAUGUUGGCUUACAAAGAUCUCUUCUAAAAAAAAUGUUCAAAACUGAUUAACUCCCACCCCCAAAAUGAAAAAUUCAUAUCCUUGAAGUAUUAAAUGAUGAAUACGAAAGCUCUCGUCCUGGGUGAAUGCUUUGGGUUAACAAUUACCAGCAAUUAAAAAAUUAAUGUGCGGAAACACAAGACCCUCCAUUCUCCCCCUCUGUUUCCCCGUUUAACUGUUUGCCUUUGAGGCCACUUCCCCCUGCAAAUGUAUGGCCGGGACAAGACUCCCUCAGCAAUAAACUUGUAGCGUCUAAGGAGACAAUGCAGCAGAGCUGGUGCAUAUGGUCCCCUGCAAGAUUUGCAUGACAUUAGAGAUGCUGCUACAGGUCAUAUGGGUGGUGUGGUUAACGGGCUUAGUAAAGCGGUUUUGAAGAGGUUAACCCAGCUUGUAGGAAGGGUAAAUAAAUAUAACAACCAGCCAUUGUUCCCUAUUCAGCAUGUACUCUUAUAUUGAAGGCUAAAGGGUAUUGAAGCCACAGAGGAUCAACUUGUGCUUGCCAGAGGACGCCAAUGAAGUUUGAAACACCAACAAUCAGAGAUUUUGUUUCUGUUCCUCAUUAAAUCAUGAGCUUUUGUG